GGAAACCAGUUAAACAUUGGCGCUGCUGGAACCUCAAGCCACCUCUUAGCGUAGGGGAAGCGGCGAGGUUUCCUCCUGCUCCUCCUCUCGCCGUUCCGGCGGAUGUCCGGCCGCAGACAUGGCGCUGGGGGAGGCGGGUGCUUGCGGGCGGCUCUUGCUGUGGCCCCGCGUCAUUCUCUUCGGAGACUCCAUCACUGAGUUCUCCUUCCGGGAAAAUGGCUGGGGGACGUAUCUUGCUGAGAGACUGGUCAGAAAAUGUGAUGUUGUGAACCGUGGGCUCUCAGGAUACAACACCAGAUGGGCUAAAUUGAUCCUGCCAAGACUGAUCGCUAAAAGUGCUGGUGCUGAGAGUACUGUCGCAGUUACUAUUUUCUUUGGAGCUAAUGACAGUGCUUUGAAAGAUCUGAACCCAAAGCAACACGUUCCGUUGGAGGAGUACACUGCGAACUUGAAGAGCAUGAUACUGUAUCUCAAGUCAGUGGACAUUACUGAAGACAGGAUUAUUUUGAUAACGCCACCACCUCUUCAGGAAUCAGCUUGGGAAAAGGAGUGCCUUGCCAAAGGUGACAAAUUGAAUCGCCACAAUGCAACCACCGGGGAGUAUGCCCAGGCCUGUGUUCAGGUCGCUAGGGACUGUGGAACUGAUGUAGUCGAUCUCUGGACACUGAUGCAGAACAAUCAGGAUUUCUCUUCCUAUUUGUGUGAUGGUCUUCACUUAUCACCGAAAGGCAACAGCUUUCUGGCAGCACAACUGUGGCCACGCCUGGAAAAGAAACUGUCAUCCCUUCCUUUCCAGCUUCCAUACUGGCGUGACGUAGACCACACACACCCUGAAGCCACUCUUCUGCCAGAUGCCCUGCAGUGAGGAGCUGAAGCAGCCUUGCUGGACAAAGCCACUCUGCUUGUGAGCAGCCACUGCCAGGAACACGCCGCAGACAUUGCGUGCCUGGGCAAGGGGAGGUGGGGGGGAUCCCCUGACAGUGCUCUGCCUUGGCCCCUUCUCUUGGGCUGUGGAGAAUAAAAGAUGAGACCACUG